CACCUAAAGAGACAGUUGAGGGGAUAAAGGAAGGGCCCAGGCUGUGUGGACACUGAAUCCUGAGGCGAAGAAGAAGGUUGGUCGGCCGGUUUGUUGGACUCGGAUCCACUGGCCGUGUGGUGCUUCAGUCAGUGGCAGCGGGUGAAGGAAUCAUUCACACAGAAGUUCAUUCACACACCGGAUUUUGUUCUCUGAGCUGCUUGAACUUGGAACAGGUGGAACAGUACUGACAUUAUCCAUCACACACCAUGGACCAGGAGGAUGACAAACACUCUGUGGAUAUCCAUGACAACCCUCCAGCUCCUGACAACGUAGUGAAAGAGGACGGAGACACUGUCUAUUUCAUAUAUGAGGAAGAGGUUGAGGUGGAGGAGAAGGAACCAGAACCUCCAGAGCCUGUUGUCCGUGUCAACGACAAACCCCACAAGUUCAAGGACCACUACUGCAAGAAACCCAAGUUCUGUGACGUCUGCGCUCGCAUGAUAGUGUUGAACAACAAGUUUGCUCUGAGGUGUAAAAACUGCAAGACCAACAUCCACCACUCAUGUCAGUCCUACGUCGAGUUCCAGAGGUGCUUUGGGAAAAUUCCACCUGGCUUCAGAAGGGCCUACAGCUCGCCCCUGUACAGCAGUGACCAACCAGAUUCAAACGCGAACCGGAACGACCCUGUCUUUGACACCCUGCGGGUCGGUGUCAUCAUGGCAAAUAAGGAGCGCAAGAAGAAUGAAAAUGACAAGAAAAACAUGAUGAUGAUGAUGGAGGAGGAAGAAGAGGAGAACCAACAGCCCAAAGAGCAUGAAGAGGGAGCAGAAGGGAAGCCUGAUGAUAAGAAGGAGAAAGGAGGAGACAAAGCAGAUGACAAGAGUAAGGGUACGUUCUCCCAUUCCCACUAUUACCUGGCUCUCUACCGCUUCAAGGCCAUAGAGAAAGACGACCUCGACUUCCACCCUGGUGACCGGAUCACAGUACUGGAUGACUCCAAUGAAGAGUGGUGGAGGGGGAAGAUGGGGGAGAAAACCGGCUACUUCCCCACCAACUACCUCAUAAAAGUGCGUGCAUCGGAGAGAGUUUUCAAGGUGACGCGCUCCUUCGUAGGGAACAGAGAGAUGGGACAGAUCACACUGAAGAAAGAUCAGAUUGUGGUGAAGAAAGGAGACGAGAAAGGCGGCUACUUGAAGGUCAGCACCGGACGCAAGCUGGGCUACUUCCCUGCUGAUCUGCUGGAGGAGAUCACUGUGACAUAAAAACCAGCACAUGCAACGAAAGAGCCUGCAACACACUUAACAUAUCAACACAUACAGGAAACGUCACUGUUUGACAGAUCUUUGAGCAAGUUCCUAUAUUAAUGACCUAAAACCCAUAUCACAGCUGUAUGUAUUCUCUGUGAUGUGUCUGUGGUGAAGCAUGAGAGAGAAGAGGUUAACCAUUUGAUAGUCUGAAAAGCUAUUUCAUCAAUAUGUCCAUGAAUAAGCUAUGAGACAAUCAGGUGAGGUUCUGGCUUUGUUGUGAGCAGCACAGUGAUACAAAUGAUCAGAUGUUUUCAGUUACUGCCUGCUGCUACUGAGGAGACGGAGAGAAAACCCGGC